AUGACUCGGCCAAGAGGCUCCUCGGUGGGCAGCGAGGAGAGCGCCGCGACGGCCAGAGAGCAGGAGCUGGGAAGCAUGUACGAUUAUCUGGCCAAGAUUAUCCUCCUGGGACCAAGCGGGUCGGGAAAGUCCUGUCUACUACAUCGGUUUAUCAAGAACGAAUGGCGAGUCUUAUCGUCGCAGACUAUAGGUGUGGAAUUCGCGAGCAAAAUUAUCAAAGUUGGCACCGGCGCCAGGCGCAAACGGAUAAAGCUACAGCUCUGGGAUACAGCCGGCACAGAACGAUUCCGAUCCGUCUCCCGAUCCUAUUACCGAGGUGCUGCGGGCGCCAUCCUCGUCUACGAUAUUACAUCGCAUGGUUCUUUCCGCGGACUACAGCCUUUUCUGAACGAUGCGCGAGCUCUGGCGUCGCCCAAUCUCAGUCUGCUUCUUGUGGGCAACAAGCUUGAUCUGGCCAACGAAUCCCUCGUCGACACAUCCAUGCCGCCUCCUACACCAAGCAGUGUCAGCUCUAACUCGACCAUCACUGCGGGCGGCUUCGCAAGCUCAUACUCGACGACAAACACGCAGACCACAACCAGAGGCAGAGACUAUGCCGGUUCUAUUAGCGCCGGCUCGGUGCAAAAAGCCACGUUCGCCCCUGAUGGCCGUGAGAUAUCAAGCUCAGAGGCUACGAGGUGGGCCAGCACGCAAGGCAUCUCGGUGGUUACUGAAGCCAGUGCUCUGAACGGAGAAGGGGUCGACGAGAUAUUUGCCAGACUCGCUCGCAUUAUCCUGACCAAGAUUGAGCUUGGCGAUAUUGAUCCAGAUGACCCGAUGAGCGGCAUCCAAUACGGCGAUAGCAGCGCUUGGAACAACACAAGCGACGGCGGCAGCAUCAAGAGCUCCAUGACUGGUGCCACUGUUGAAGACGGCGGCAUUCCCGGGCUACGUAGGCGACGCAAGGGCAAGAACCGCAGUCAGAACUGGGGCGGCCUGCGCGAGUGGGAAGAAGUGUUCACCUUGACCAACAGGCGACGAGGAGGCAACUGCUGCUAA